GUCAAUGAUACUUCAUUUUCGAUUUGUGUUUAAUUCAAAGAUUUUGCAUUUCACUGUUUAUUACAUUGAAUUUCGUGAUUUUGCAACAAAAGAAGCGCUUUUAAAUAAAUUUGCCUUGCUUCCUUCGUUGAUUGACACUAACCCUAGUUUUUUAAAUUAUCUAAAUAAUUAUAAACACAAAAGCAUCAUGUCUAUAGGCUCAGUUUAUGAAACCGCAUACCGAGGAGACUUUAAUCAAGUAAAAGUUAAGGUUGAUGAAGAUAAUGCUUUGAUAAAUAGACCAGAUUCGAACCAACGUCUUCUAAUUCAUUGGGCUGCAUUGGGAGGGAACAAACACUUGGUUGACUUCUUGAUUGAUUUAGGAAGUCCCAUUGACCCUUUGGAUGACACAAAUUCAACUCCUUUAAUACUAUCGUCGUCAGCUGGGAGAGUAGAUGUAGUAAAACUUCUGCUGAGCAAGGGAGCCAAUGUUAAUCAGAAAACUAAUCGAGGGCAAUCAUCUUUACAUUAUGCUUGUUCUAAAGGCCAUUUUGAGGUAUCAAAAUUACUAAUUGAAUAUGAUGCAAAUGUCAAUGAUGCAGAUGUUUUGAAUGCAACACCUUUGCAUCGAGCUGCAGCUCAAGGCAGAAGUAAUAUUGUGGAACUUCUCCUAGCCUCACCACAUAUAAAAGUAGAUGUGUGUGAUUCCACAGGAUCAACACCAUUGCAUAUAGCCUGCGAGGAAGAUAGAGAAGCAGUAGCCUGCAUGUUGGUCAAAGCUGGAGCUAAUAUGGAAUUGGCCAAUAAAGAUAAAAAAACACCUUUGGAAUUAAGUUCAUCACCAAAGUUGAGAAAUAUUUUAAGAGCUAUUGUAAUAUAAAUAACUAGGUAUCCAUCCAUAACUGUACCUAAUAUUAAAUAAUAAACUGACAUAAAUUAAGUUUGCAAAA